CCCUGUCCCCCUGUGCGAAGUCAGGCUGUAUCCACCCUGGCCUCCUCCUCAGGCCGCAGGGCCUUCCCUUGCUCCUGGGGGUUUCCAGAAUCCUCUGCCCACGCCGUCUCACCCCCCGCAGGAGCUCCUGGAGUCCAGGCUGAAGGCCCUGAAGAGUGACCUGGAGGACUAUGAGGUGUUUCGCUCCACGGAAGAGAAGGAGAGCAAGGAGCUCCUGAAGCAGAUGGCAGCCGAGCGAGAGAAGGUGGGGGCAGAGUUCCAGGCCCUGCGGGCCUUCCUGGUGGAGCAGGAGGGCCGGCUCCUGGGCCGCCUGGAGGAGCUGUCCCGGGAGGUGACACAAAAGCAGAACGAGAACCUGGCCCAGCUGGGGGGCGAGAUCACCCAGCUGUCCAAGCUCACCAGCCAGAUCCAGGAGACGACUAGCAAGCCCGACCUUGACUUUCUGCAGGAAUUUAAAAACACACUAAGCAGGUGCAGCAACGUGCCGGCCCCCAAGCCAAGCACAGUCUCUUCUGAGAUGAAGAAUAAAGUCUGGAACGUUUCCCUCAAGACCUUUGUCUUAAAGGGGCUGCUCAAGAAGUUCAAAGAGGACCUUCGUGGAGAGCUGGAGAAAGAGGAGAAAGUUGUGUGCAGGGGUGAGGGGAAGCAGGAAGAAACCGAGGACAAGGGAGGUGGUUCUUACUCCUGCGGAAUUCUGGUGGAGCUGACCUUGGACCCGGACACGGCCAACCCCCGCCUCAUCCUCUCGCUGGAUCUUAAGAGCGUGCGCCUCGGACAGCGGGCCCAGGACCUGCCCAACCACCCGCGUCGCUUUGAUACCAACACGCGAGUCCUGGCGUCCUGCGGCUUCUCCUCCGGGCGGCACCACUGGGAGGUGGAGGUGGGCUCCCAGGACGGCUGGGCCUUCGGAGUGGCCCGCGAGAGUGUGCGCCGCAGUGGGCAGUACUGGGCCGUGACCAGCCCCGAGCGGACACCCCUCAGCUGCGGCCACCUGUCCCGUGUGCGGGUGGCGCUGGACCUGGAGGUGGGGGCCGUGUCCUUCUACGCUGUGGAGGACAUGCGCCACCUCUACACCUUCCGUGUCAACUUCCAGGAGCGUGUGUUCCCCCUUUUCUCCAUCUGCUCCACAGGCACCUACCUGCGCAUCUGGCCUUGAGAGACACUGCCCGGGCCCCCAGAGGGAGGGGGCCGUCCAGGGUGCAGCCUUCUCCUGGCCACCCCUGGGAAAGGACGGAAGCUCCGGCCGGGCUUCCUGCUCACGUUGGGUCUGCCCUUCACCCUUCCUGCCCCCGGCUGCCUUAGGCUUCAGGAGACCAAGCAGCAGAGGCAGGAAGGCCUUGGCCCCCAGGGCCUGUCCCCUUCCUGGCAUGUGGCUUUGGUACCAGCUGCUCAGGGGGUGAGGACAGGAGCCCAGCUGUCGACAGGGCUGCUUCCUGUCCGGGGGCUCACUGCUCAGACUCAGCAGCGCCUCUGGCUCCCUGGAGCAGCACCAAGCCCUGGGCCUCUGUCGGCCUCAGUUGCAAGGGGCAUAUUUGGGGCCAGGCCGGCCAGGUUCAUGAUCACUUCUGUUUUGCCUUCUUGUCAGCUGCCAGCUGCCUUCAGGGACCUGAGUCCAGCUGGCUCACCACACCGUCUACUCAGGGAGGAGCACUGUGCUCCCAGCUCAGAGGACAGUCUGGGCCAGAACUGGAAGCAGAGGGAAAAGCCCCAGACGACACUAUGUAGGCAUGGCUACCCUCUGACACCCAGGAACUGAUGAUCUUCGGCCACAGUGGCGGCCACGUGUUCUCACAGAUGCCUAAACCCCUCUCAAGUGCCAAAGUGCAGUCUCCCUGGGUAAGGAGACAGAAGGUUCUGGAAUUCUGAAAUACCGGAGAGCACUUACAGUUUUACAGGUGCCGCUAGCACCAGCGUGGAAGUGCAGAGCAGAAGCAUGCCCCUGGCGGAUUCUUUCUGGAACUUGCCGAACGUGUGCCACCAGCAGAGGACCCUGGUGGCUGUAAGGCUGGGCUUCUGGGAGGGUGGUGGGGGGCUGUUCCUUGCGUAGUGCUCCCCGGGAAUGGAACUAGAGAUGGAAAUACAGACUACGAGUUCGUUUCUACA